GCAGGUGCUUGGAGAGUCAGACAAUGAUGUUGAUGUUGUUCCCAUACUUCGUAGUCCGAGACACGCAGAGAAGGGAGACUAUUUUCAGUCUAGGAAAAAUGCUCAUCCCUUCCUCAGAAUAAUUUGACUGUGAAGAAAGAGAUUGUGAUGAAGCCUCGGAGAGAAGGGCAGUUCUGGAUAGUGAUAGCACUAGUGCAGAAUCCAGAAUGGAUGUCCUCUUUGUAGCCAUCCUUGCAGUGCCACUCAUCCUGGGACAAGAAUAUGAGGAUGAAGAAGGACUGGAAGAGGAUGACUAUUAUCAGGUGGUCUAUUAUUACACAGUCACCCCCAACUAUGAUGACUUUGGUGCAAACUUCACUGUUGAUUACUCUAUGUUUGAGUCAGAGAACAGGCUGAACAAGUUGGAUAAGGAGGUAAUGGAAGCAGUAGAGACUACCAUUAGUCGUGAAACAGACCCUGCAGACCAUCAGAAGCCUGUAACAGAGAAACCAGUGACAGUGGAACCACAGAGUCCAGAUCUGAACAAUGCUGUAUCCAGUCUGCAGAGUCCUGGUGCACUCCUCCUGUCCUGGGCCCUCGUUCAGGGGGGGAUGUAUUUCAUGUAGAAGGAGAGGGAAGGCUGCUACGACUCAUUGGAUGGGGAUUUGGGAAGAGGAGAGUGGAAGAUUAAAUAAAUAAAUGAAGUAAUCUGGUUACUCUCUA